AUGUCCGCAAUAGGGCGGCGGAUGAACGACCUGAAAUCCUUGAUGUACGUCCGCAACGGCCCCGGCGCCGCCAUCCUCCCGCCCACCGUGACCAAGAUCCACCUCGAAUUCGCCCACAAAUGGGACGGCGGUCACUACGGCCCCCGCAAGUUCUGGCAGAAGAACCUCCCCCGCUUAAAAUACCACAACCCGGCGGUCCCCAUGAUCGUGAACCGGACCAAGGACCAGACCGCCGCCGCUACCCUCUCCAUCUACAUGAAGACGACAACCUCCUCCUCCUCCUCCUCCUCUUCUUCCGCCGCCGCCACCACUACCACUCCCACCACCACCACUACUCCCUCACCACCCUCCCCCGAAGCAGCAGAAGCAGCACCUGACGCCGCCACCAGCGAGGCGACAACAGCAGCCCCCGGAAAACCAGUAGCCGUAGCCGACCCCUGGCUCAACAUAGCCAGCAGCACACAAGGCCUGAGCCGCGCCCCACCCCCCAGCGACGGCGAGACGGUCGUCACCAUCAACAUGAAAUUCGUCUCGUCCGACGAUAUACUGCGGCAGUUCGUCGCGAAGACGGGCGCGCGGGAGCUGGAGCCGAGCGAGGAGGACCGGGCCGAGAUGACGAGGCUGGAGGAGUUGGAGAAGCAGGCCGAGGCGGACAGGGCAGUGCAGAAGGCGUUCCGGGACAAGAUCAAGGCGGAGAAGAAGAUGCUGGAGAGGGCGAGGCAGGAGGCGAAUGCACUCAAGGGCGACUAG